GUCUGAACUGCACUUCCGAAGCCAUUCUUUGUACGACAUGCACCCAAUGCCAUAGCGCCCCUCGGACUCCAGAAUGUCUCUUCUGUUCAAGAAUCUCCGAGUGCAUCAGGUCUUCGGGGCCAACACCGAUGUCGGCAAGACCUUGUUAACCUCCGCGCUCGUUCGCGCUUCCGCGACCAAGCAUGAAAGAGUGUUCUACCUGAAGCCAGUGAGCACCGGGCCUAUGCAAGAUGCAGACGACGAACAUGUCAAACGCUACAUCGGAGCUAACAAGGAUCGCCUGCACGCUGCUUGUCUCUAUCGAUUCUCCGAGCCCUUGAGCCCCCACCUUGCUGUACAACUGGAAGCUGAUAAGGAACAGACGGAGAUUCCUGUCCCAUCAGAUGAGACGUUUGGGAGCGCAGUUGCGAGUCAUAUCAGGCAGAAUGCAUCUGGAGCGCCUUCGUAUUCUCAUAUGUACGUCGAGACAGCUGGAGGAAUUCACAGUCCCUCCUUGUCAGGCACAACCCAAGCAGACGCCUACCGACCGCUCUUCCUUCCGACCAUACUGAUCGGCGACUCCAGACUGGGCGGUAUCUCCUCCACAAUCUCAGCUUACGAGUCGCUCAUGCUGCGAGGCUACAUCGUCGACUGCAUUCUACUAUUCAAAGAUGAGUAUUACCGCAACGGCGAGUAUCUCGCGCCGUAUUUUGCAGAGAAACAGAUCAACGUUGCCACCUUCGACCCGCCCCCGCCGCGGCACAGCGAUCCCUCAGCGAAUUUCGACCUGACGGAAAGAUACUACCAAUCCCUCGUACCGCCUACGCAAGAAGGCAGCAUCUUCAACGUCCUCUCCCACCUCGACGCUUGUCAUUCGCGAAGGCUCGAAGAGCUCGAGUCCAUGCCCCGCCGUACUCUCGAUACCAUCUGGUGGCCCUUUGUCCAGCACGGACACGUAAAAGGCGAGCAAGACGUUAACGUCAUCGAUAGCGCCUUCGGGGACUUCUUCUCUGUAUACAACGGACAUCGCUCAAAACGGACGAAAAAAUCCCUGCUAGAACCGCAAUUUGACGGCUCAGCAUCGUGGUGGACGCAAGCCUUAGGACACGCGAACCCUGCGCUCACGACGGCCGCUGCGAGAGCCGCUGGGCGGUACGGACACGUUAUGUUCCCUCAAGCCACGCACCUCCCGGCCUUGAAUCUCGCUGAACGCCUGGUCAAGGAUGGACCUGGAAAGGACUGGGCGUCCCGCGCGUUCUUCUCCGACGACGGCUCUACUGGUAUGGAAAUCGCUCUGAAAAUGGCGUUACGUGCAUAUGCUAUUAAGCAGUCGCCCCCGCUUGACAUGGCUAAUAGGAAGGAACUGGGCGUCCUAGGCCUGAAGGGAAGUUAUCAUGGCGAUACCAUCGGCGCAAUGGAUGCAUGCGAAGAGGGCGUUUACACUUGUGAGUGGCAUAACGCCAAGGGGUAUUGGUUCGACCCGCCUUACGUCGGCAUCCGCAAGGGCAAAGUUCAUAUCACCGUCCCUGAAUCCAUAGCUCUGCAGUCCGAAGGGUCGGUCAACGGUGACGCCCUGCAAUCUUUGUCUCAGGUGUACGACGUGAAACAGCGGUUGGAUACACCGUUAGCCUCAGUCUACCGAACUUUUGUAAGCCAAACGCUCGAUCGCCUACAGAAAAAAGAAUCGCCUGCACUCGCUGCUCUAGUUCUGGAGCCUAUUGUCUUGGGGGCCGGUGGUAUGAUAUUCGUGGAUCCCUUAUUCCAACGUAUUCUUGUAGACCUCGUUCGAGAAGCCGAGCCAUCGAAGACCCUCCCGGUCAUCUUUGACGAGGUCUUCGUAGGUCUCUACCGAUUAGGCAUGGAAACAUCUGGACCGCUCCUCGGCGUGCAUCCCGACAUAUCCGUCCACGCAAAGAUACUGACCGGAGGUCUACUGCCGUUGGCCGUCACGCUGGCAUCGGACGAGACAUUCCAGGCGUUCCUCAGCGAAAACAAGACGGAUGCCCUGCUUCACGGUCACAGCUACACAGCCCACCCGGUGGGCUGUGAAGUUGCUAACGAGACCCUCAACAUGCUGCAGAAAGUCGUGUGCGGCGACGAAUGGAAAGAGGCGCAGGAGAGGUGGUCUGGCGCAGGAGACACGGAUUCCCCCCGUGUCUUCAGCCUGUGGGAUCAAGGCUUCGUAGAAGCCAUAUCACAUCUGGCUCCUGUCAAAGAGGUGAUGACUCUGGGAACGCUCCUCGUUAUCAAGACGCAGGAUGAUAGCGGUGGAUACCGAUCUAACUCUGCGCAAGCCCUGCUGAAACCGGUGGUUGCUGCGUUGAAUGAAGAGUCUCCGAACGCAUUCGGGAUGCAUUUCAGAACCCUUGGUAACGUUGCUUACUUCAUGACCAGUCUGAACAGCCCGUCAAAGACAAUCCGCGCGGUAGAAGAUAGAAUAUGGUCCGCUCUAUCGAAUGCACAUUCAUGAUGUGAUAGAAAUACAUAAAGCAACAGAAAAUCCAGGACUAGUCCUGUCGCUGAACAGUCCCGACAGUCUAACUCCGCCAGUAUUGUGCCAGGUCAUGAAUCCGAUCCAGGACAGCGGUGAAAUAAGAUGUCUCGUUGAGAAGGGCUUCGAAAUGUUUGAUCGCUUCCUCUUCUGUAAGAUCCAGUCGGAACUUAUCUUGGAUCUGUUCGUGAACGUCGCGAUGCUUGAUGUCGGG